AAUUCAAUUAAAAUGCAGUAUUAGUGUGGCACGUGCGACAUAGUAGACCUAAGUAACUGACGAGAGAGAGAGAGAGAGAGAGAGGCGGAAUCUGAAACAGGCGCGCGCGACCGGAACAAGCUCGAGCUCAAUUGCAGCAUCCAUCCACUCAUUCGUAGUUUCAAAUGUCGGAUACGGAUGAGUUUCGCUGCUUCAUUGGUGGCCUUGCAUGGUCAACGUCUGAUAGAAGAUUAAAAGAUGCAUUUGAAAAGUACGGCAAGCUUGUUGAGGCAAAGGUGGUGGUUGACAAAUUCUCUGGGCGUUCUCGUGGUUUUGGGUUUGUCACAUUUGAUGACAAGGAAGCAAUGGAAGAGGCUAUUGAGGCUAUGAAUGGAAUUGACUUGGAUGGACGGACUAUUACUGUUGAUAAAGCCCAACCACAAGGAUCUAGAGAUGAUGAUGAUCGUCACCGAGAACGUGGUCGUGACUCACGUGAUCGCAAUCGUAGCCGAGAUUAUGGAGGUAGUCGAGGGUCUAAUGGUGGUGAAUGCUUUAAGUGUGGUAAACCCGGUCAUUUUGCAAGGGAGUGCCCCAGUGAAGGAGAAAGAGGAGGAAGGUAUGUUGGCAGGGAAAGUAGAUAUAGUGGUGGCUAUGGUCCUGAUAGGAAUGCAGAUCGCUCUUAUGGUGGGCGCGACAGGGACUCUGGUGGUCGUGACAGGGAUGGUGGUGGUCGUGACAGGGAUGGUGGUGGUCGUGACAGGGAUGGUGGUGGUCGUGACAGGGAUGGUGGUGGUCGUGACAGAGAUGGUGGUGGGCGUGACAGAGAUGGUGGUGGGCGUGACAGGGAUGGUGGUGGGCGUGACAGGGAUCGUGAUCGUGCUGGACCGUAUGAGCGUCGUGGAUCUGGAGGCCAUCGUUGAUACCUUUAGCUUCAUUGAGUUUUGAAUUGGAGGGUUUCUGUGCUGCUUCAACUUUAUCUUUUGAUGACAGUGUCCUUGGAUUUUUUUAUGGAUGUAUGAUAUCAGUGUUUUGAUUUGCUAUACUUGGAAAAUAUAUCAAACUUUUUAUGUUCAUAACUGUCAAUCAUUAGCUCUAUUGAAAUCUUGUGCAUGUUUGAGUUAUUGUCAAAUAUGAUAUUGAGCUCUAUGCUAUCAUUAUUUUCUGCUGGUUAUCGUA